AUGGCCGUGUACUUGAACGACGAUUUGGAAGACCUGCAAGACGACCACUUCGACUCCGACGGGUUUGGCGUCUCCGGCGGCCGCGACGGCCAUCCCUCAAGCCCGAAUAAGCAUAAGAAUGAUACAUCAGCCGUGGAGUACAGAAAUGGAAAAGAUAUGCAAGGGAUACCAUGGGAGAGGUUAAAAUACAGUAGAGAUCAGUAUCGCAAGAUGAGGCUGAAGCAUUACAAGAAUUAUGAGAACCUCGCUAGGUCACACCAGGGGUUUGAUAUGGAGUGCAAACAAGUGGAGACAAAUGACAGGUUCUAUGAUUUCUGCUUCAACACACGACUUGUCAAGCCAACGAUAGUGCAUUUUCAGCUAAGGAAUCUUGUGUGGGCCACAUCCAAGCAUGAUGUUUACAUGGCACAGAACAAUUCAGUAAUGCACUGGUCUUCUCUUCUUCAAAGAGGGACAGAAGUGCUCCACGUUGCAGGCCAAGUUGUUCCAAAGCAGAAGGCGCAUGGAGCUCGGACAUUGUCCAGAGUCCAAAUCAGCUCAAUGGCCCUAAAAGACAAUCUCAUGGUAGCGGGCGGUUUCCGCGGCGAACUGAUUUUCAAGUAUGUUGACAAGCCCGGGGUGGCAUUCUGUACGAAUGUUGCUGAUAAUAAAAACUCCGUCACUAAUGCUGUAGAUGUGUAUGAGUCUCCUAGCGGCGCUACUAGAGUGACGGCGGCCAACAAUGACUGCACUGUCAAAUUUCUUGAUGCUGAGAGGUGCAGCCUGCUUAGCCGCUUUACUUACCCGUGGUCGGUCAAUAACACAUCGGUGAGUCCUGAUGGGAAGCUCCUUGCUAUCCUCGGCGACAGCUCCGACUGCGUGAUCGCCGACGCUCAAUCGGGCGAAGAGAUAGCGACUCUCAAAGGGCACCUGGACUACUCGUUCUCAUCGGCCUGGCACCCCGGCGGCCACGUCCUGGCGACGGGGAACCAGGACAAGACGUGCCGGCUGUGGGACACGCGCAACCUGUCUGCGUCGUUCGCGGUGCUGGGAGGGAGGAUCGGCGCGGUUCGGGGCCUCCGGUUCUCGUCGGAAGGGCGGUUCCUGGCGGCGGCGGACUUCGUCCACGUGUACGACGUGCAGGCCGGCUACGGCGCCGCCCAGGAGAUCGGGCUGUUCGGGGAGAUCGCGGGCGUGGCGUUCAGCCCGGACGCGGACGCGCUGUUCGUCGUGGUCGCGGACCGGGCCUACGGCAGCCUGCUCGAGUUCAGCAGGCGGGGCCGGCACGCUUACCUGGACUCGUACCUGUGA